AUAAACCCACUAGUAUUUUCUCUAAUUUCAUUUACUGUAAUAUUAGGUACAAUAAUUGUACUAAUCAGCUCACACUGAUUAAUGAUCUGAAUUGGGUUCGAAAUAAACAUAUUAGCAAUUACUCCAAUACUAAUAAAAAAUUUCAACCCACGCUCAAUAGAAGCAGCAACAAAAUAUUUCCUGACACAGGCUACGGCCUCAAUGCUACUUAUACUAGCCAUUAUUAUUAACCUAACAUAUUCAGGUCAAUGAACUACAAUAAAAAUAACUGACGACCUUGCCUCUACAAUAAUAACAAUUGCCAUAAUCAUAAAACUAGGCAUGGCCCCAUUCCACUUCUGAGUACCCGAAGUAACACAAGGAGUACCACUAACGUCAGGCAUAAUCCUACUAACAUGACAAAAAAUCGCUCCACUAUCAGUACUCAUGCAAACCGCGCACUCAAUCAACACUAACCUGAUGUUGACAACAGCCAUACUGUCCAUUGCUGUAGGAGGGUGAGGAGGACUAAACCAAACACAAUUACGGAAGAUCAUAGCAUACUCAUCCAUUGCACACAUGGGCUGAAUAGCCGCCAUCAUAACCUACAACACCACAAUGACAACAUUAAACCUAAUUAUUUAUGUCACCCUAACACUUACAGUAUUUAUACUACUAUACAUUAACUCAUCAACAACAACCCUAUCACUAUCCCAUCUGUGAAACAAAAUACCACUAAUAUCAACACUAAUUUUAUUAACAAUGCUCUCAUUAGGCGGACUACCACCACUAUCAGGAUUCCUACCAAAAUGAAUGAUCAUCAAUGAGCUUACAAAGAACGGCAGCAUUAUUCUACCAACUAUCAUAGCAGUCACAGCACUACUAAACUUAUAUUUUUAUAUACGACUCACAUACUCCACAUCACUUACAAUAUUCCCAUCAACUAACAAUAUAAAAAUGAAAUGACAAUUUGAAAACAUAAAAAAGACACCAAUACUAUCACCACUAGUAAUCCUAUCAACUAUGCUUCUACCAUUAACACCAAUACUACUAAUUCUGGAAU